AUGGGUCGUGGUAAGCUAACCAUGGAACUCAUACGCAAUGAGAGAUCUCGGAUGAUUACUUAUCACAAAAGAAAGAAGGGUUUGACAAAGAAAGCUAGGGAAUUCCAAAUUCUCUGUGGUGUAGAUGCAUGUGUUAUUAUUUUGGGGCCAAAACUGAAUAAUCAUCCUGUUGAUGUCGAAACCUGGCCAACCGAUCGCAUUGAGGUCAGACGCAUUAUCAACAGGUUUAGGUCGGAAGGUACAGACCGAAAGAAAACACAAGAUUUGUCUUAUUUUUUUGAAGCUCGGAAGAAGAAACUGGAUGAUGAAAUUGCUAAACUGCGCAAAGCCUGUAUGGAAGCAAAGUUCCCUGCAUGGGAUAAUCGUCUCAACUUGUUAUCACUCGAGCAACUCAGGGUACUUGCAGGAGUUUUCGAAUCUAAACUUGAUGCUGCAAGAGGUUGGAUAUUGAAGCUAAAAGGCAACCCCUUUUUGAUGGAAGAUUCCAAGUCAGGGACUAAUGCAGCUGGCUCCAUUAGUGAUAAAUCAAGCUUUCUGGCUUCUAGUACUCUUGCUAAUGCCUUACUUCCGAAGAAUAUUGAAUUAGAGGCUCAAAACCAGCAACCCUUUUCUUGUGCCAAACCAAUAGAUAUGCCACUGGCUACAUGCUACCCAUCUCAUCAGCUGCAACAGAUGCUUCCAUUCAAUGUCAAUCCUAUCAAUAGUCCCAUGUUGAUGAUGAUGAACCAUGAAGAUUUCGGUCAGUUUGGCGGCCUUUCUAGUAGUAGCACCAUAAAAUCCACAGUUCAAUACAAUUAUGAUCCAGCCACAGAGAUGAUAGGGAAUAUGAUGUUCAACAAUCCCAGCUGGGAACUCUCAGCAAGCUAUCAUGGUCCAAGCAGGCAACCGAUUUUUCCCUACAGGCAGGGUCCAAUGACGCAGAAUGUUUCUUCUCAACUGUGCAUCCCUCAGUUCUCUUAUUUUUUUGAUGUCAACGAGCUUGAGAUGAACAGAACAGAAAACUUCGGAUGA